AUGGCCCGUCCGCCGCCUCCGUGGAUCAAUGCCGGGAGACCCGGGUAUAAGACUGUUGGGUACUUUACUAACUGGGGAGUCUACGGCCGCAAUUACCAACCUCAAGAUAUUCCUGCGGAGUAUAUCACUCACAUUCUCUAUUCCUUCGCCAACAUCCGCCCCACCGGCGAAGUCUUCCUCACCGACACCUACUCCGACCUCGAAAAGCACUACCCAACCGAUAGCUGGUCCGAGCCCGGUACCAACGCCUACGGAUGCAUCAAGCAACUCUACCUCCUAAAACAACAACACCGCCACCUGAAAACCCUCCUUUCCAUCGGCGGCUGGACCUACAGUCCCAACUUCGCCGCGCCAGCAUCCACGCCCCGCGGUCGCGAAACCUUCGCCCGCAGCGCCGUGCACCUCCUCGCGGACCUGGGCUUCGACGGCAUCGACAUCGACUGGGAGUAUCCAGCCGAUUCAUCGCAAGCGAUGGACUUUGUGCACCUUUUGCGGGAUGUGAGGCGCGUGCUGGACGAGUACUCCGCCACCCAUCUUGGCGGAAAGAGACUGUUAUUGACGAUCGCGGCGCCGUGCGGGCCGGACAAUAUCCAGAAACUGCGGAUAGGCGAUAUGGAUCCGUAUCUUGAUUUCUGGAAUCUGAUGUGUUAUGAUUUCAGCGGGAGCUGGGAUAAGUGUUCCGGCCAUAUGGCGAAUGUGUUCCAUUCGGGGAGGGGGGAGAUUACGCCGUUCUGUGCAGAUGGGGCGGUGACGAUGUAUUUGAGGGGUGGGGUGAGGGAUGCGAGGAAGCUUAUAUUUGGGUUGCCGUUGUAUGGAAGGGCUUUUGAGGGGACGGAUGGGCCUGGGAGCGGGUUCCAGGGUGUUGGGGAGGGGAGUUGGGAGAAUGGGGUGUGGGAUUAUAAGGCUUUGCCGUUGCAGGGGAGUCAGGAGGUGGUGGAUGGGCGGUUGAUGGCCAGUUGGUGUUUUGAUCCGGCGAAGAGGAAGAUGGUUAGUUAUGAUACGCCGGAGGUGGCCGGGAUGAAGACGGAGUAUAUUGCCGGGAGGAGGUUGGGAGGAGCUAUGUGGUGGGAGUUGAGUGGGGAUCAUCAUGUUUCGCAUGAGAGGAGCUUGGUUAAGGGGACUGCGGAGAGGUUGGGUAGGUUGGGUGGGUUGGACGGUACGGAGAAUACGUUGUAUUAUCCGCUGAGUCGCUUUGAGAAUUUGAGGAGGGGGUGUGUUUGA